GAAAUAAUAAUGCGGCACCGCCUGUAAUUCUGUACGUCUAGUGUUAUUUCUGAACGGCUGAUAUUUUGAGACAAUCUGCGCGUCGUCGUUGUGUGCUGCAGGCAGGUAGAUGACAUGCAGGGUGAGCCAUGGACCAGAUCACCUUCCAUUAUGACACGGUGCUGUCUGACGUUCACCUGUUGCUGCCCAACUCUCGCCACCUCAUGGCACGCCUCAACCGCGUAGGACAACCAGUGUUCAUCUCCCGGUUCAGAAUCCUGUGGGACGGAACGAAGCAGCGCACCUGUGACCUCGGUUCCCCCUGCAGAGGGGAAGAGUUAGACCGCGACACCCAGGAGGAGAGUGGAAGGGGAGAUGCUAAGGAGAGUGAGACUGGGGCUGACGGAGGAGUGGACAGGGAUGAGGACGGAGGGGCUGACGGAGGAGUGGACAGGGAUGAGGACCGAGGACCUGACGGAGGAGUGAACAGUGAUGAGGACGGAGGGGUAGAACCACCCCUGGAUGAAGAUGGAGAUUUAGAGGUACCACGCAGGCCCAGACAAAGACUCUCUGAGAGGGACAGAGACAUGGUCUACCCCAUCCUCCUCAGCCAGGCAAGAAGAGAUGAAGAGGAGGAGGAUGAGGAGGAGGAGUGUCCUAGAGACGUCAUCAGGAUAGAACACACUAUGGCCACGCCUUUAGAAGAUGUUGGCAAACAGGUCUGGCGUGGCGCCUUCCUAUUGGCUGAUUUAAUCCUGUCUCAGCCAACUACAUUCAGAGGAGCCACCGUCUUGGAGUUGGGGGCAGGGACUGGGCUGACCAGCGUAGUCAUGGCAACGGUGGCCAAAACAGUGUACUGCACAGACGUUGGGGAGGACCUACUGAGCAUGUGCCAGAAGAACGUGACGUUGAACAGACACCUGAUGGAACCGGCAGGUGGGAAGGUGCGAGUACGUCUACUGGACUGGCUCAGACACGAUCUCUGCACAGACGCUGAUGCAGAGUUCGGAUGGACAGAGGAUGAAGUGGCAGAUCUCCAUGACAACACAACAAUUAUCAUCGCCGCUGACGUGUGCUACGAUGACGACCUGACAGACGCGCUGUUCCGAACUCUGUACAGAAUCUGUAACAACCUUCGUCUCCCCUGUACUACAUACCUGUCUAUAGAGAAGAGGCUGAACUUCACUCUGAGACACAUGGACAUAUCCUGCGAGGCCUACGACCAUUUCCGCCACUGUCUGUGUGAGAUGCAGGAGCUGAGGGACGGACGGACAUGCUUCACAGUGGAGCAGGUCACACCCUCUUUCCCACAGUGCCUGCUGUAUGAGCGCAUAGAGCAACUGGAGUUGUGGAAAGUGACAGCGGUGCCUGUCUAACCCUCUGAGGAGCUGACCUGCUCCUAGACCUGCUCCUAGACCUGCUCCUAGACCUGAUACAUGGAGUUUUCUGAUCUUAGACCUGCUCCUUGACCUGCUCCUAGACCUGCUCCUAGACCUGCUCCUUGACCUGAUACAUGGAGUUUUCUGAUCUUAGACCUGCUCCUUGACCUGAGACAUGGAGUUUUCUGAUCUUAGACCUGCUCCUUGACCUGCUCCUAGACCUGCUCCUUGACCUGAGACAUGGAGUUUUCUGAUCUUAGACCUGCUCCUUGACCUGCUCCUUGACCUGCUCCUUGACCUGCUCCUAGACCUGCUCCUAGACCUGCUCCUUGACCUGCUCCUAGACCUGAGACAUGGAGUUUUCUGAUCUUAGACCUGCUCCUAGACCUGCUCCUAGACCUGCUCCUUGACCUGAGACAUGGAGUUUUCUGAUCUUAGACCUGCUCCUUGACCUGCUCCUAGACCUGCUCCUAGACCUGCUCCUUGACCUGAGAGAUGGAGUUUUCUGAUCUUAGACCUGCUCCUUGACCUGCUCCUUGACCUGCUCCUAGACCUGCUCCUUGACCUGCUCCUUGACCUGCUCCUUGACCUGAGACAUGGAGUUUUCUGAUCUUAGACCUGCUCCUUGACCUGCUCCUAGACCUGCUCCUAGACCUGAGACAUGGAGUUUUCUGAUCUUAGACCUGCUCCUUGACCUGCUCCUAGACCUGCUCCUAGACCUGAGACAUGGAGUUUUCUGAUCUUAGACCUGCUCCUAGACCUGAUACAUGGAGUUUUCUGAUCUUAGACCUGCUCCUUGACCUGCUACUUGACCUGAGACAUGGAGUUUUCUGAUCUUAGACCUGCUCCUUGACCUGAUACAUGGAGUUUUCUGAUCUUAGACCUGCUCCUAGACCUGAGACAUGGAGUUUUCUGAUCUUAGACCUAGUGUUUUCUGAACCUCUUGUGGUCAGUGUUGAGAAGGUAUUGAUAAAAAUAUAUAGAUUAUUUAGUGAACUAGUAGCAGUCAUUUCAAUCAGGGCAGCUGGACAGCAGUGAACAAAGACACUAGGAAUGAUCUCUGUAAAUAAACUCACUUGUCAAAUAAGAUGUUUUUAAGCUCAGACCAGGGGUUGUGAUAUAUAUAUAUAUAUAUAUAUAUUCACUAUAUUCUCAUUGACUUGCUGUUAGAUUGAAGUGAACCGGUAAAUGGGACAUUCCCAUAGCCUCUGAAUGUUUUAUUCCGAUGUAAAUGAUGAGUGAUCAGGUCAACACUGAUCUGGGAUGCAUCCCAAAUGAUAUCAUAUCCUCAAUAUAGUGCACUACUUUAGACCAGAGCACUAUGGACCCUGGUCUAGAGCCCUAUGGACCCUGGUCUAGAGCCCUGUGGACCCUGGUC